CCACGGCCAGUUCGACGAGGCCAUCCUCGCGGCGGCCGCGGCGCUGCCAGCGGCAUCGCUGGUGGAGCUGCUGCGGCGACUGCGGGAGCGGCGCCCCGCGGAGGUGGCCGCCGCGCUCGGCGCCCCCGAGAGGGCUGGCGCCCCGCAGCGGCGCUCCCCCGCCGCCCCGGCCGCCGUGCCGGGCCCGGCCAGGGCAGAGGAGGACGAGCCUGUGCGCCAGGGUUUCAGCGGCUUCGAGGAGAUGCAGACGUGGGCAGGCGGCGGGUUCGGGAUAGAAAAGGGUAUGGUUAGCAUUCGGGUCGAUCGAGUCCUUUCGGGUGCUGCCUGGGAGGUUGGACCACUGACCUGGCUCGCUGUGGCCCUGAGUCGACAGCUCCACAGCUGAUUGGUCAGGUCAGUGCGCGGGCGGCUGCGGUGGCACUCGAGAUUCAGUAUCGUUUUACUGACCCCUAUCCCCAUCCCCAUUCACACCCCGCCAUCUAA